GGACAAUGUGCUCGGCUAAAUACUCGAGUGAAGGACUCUGAACAAGUCUGAAGUGCUUGCAGGGGUGUAGUGGAGUUGUCCUUUGAGAGUGUGAAGUGAUGGUACUCAAGCUCAGGAAGGAGAGAGGCGGUGAGGAAACAAGCCCAGGCUGAGCCAGGAGCUCUGGAGGUCAGGCUGGAGCUGUGGAGGGCAGUGAGACUCAGCUGAAGCUCAGGACAGGAUGCUGUUCCCGCUGCCCCUGCGUGCAGCCUGCAGCCUGCUGGCCUGGUUCUGCCUCUACAAGUGGUUCUGCCACCGCUACCGGCACCGCAGCAUUGAGUGGAGCUGCAGGCUGGUCACACUGACCCACGGCAUCCUGGCCACCUGUCUGUCCGCUUACAUCGGCUUCAUCGAUGGCCCCUGGCCCCUGAGUCACCCAGGAUCACCCAACACAACCCUCCAGGUGCAUGGGCUGUGCCUUAGCUUGGGCUACUUCAUCUUCGACCUGUGCUGGUGCGUGUACUUCCAGACGGAGGGUGCCCUGAUGCUGGCCCACCACCUGGUGAGCAUCGUGGGCAUCGCCACCUCCUUGGCCCUGGGCGAGUCGGCCGCGGACGUCAACGCCGUCAUCUUCGGCAGCGAGAUCACCAACCCGCUGCUGCAGGCCCGCUGGUUCCUCAAGGAGCUGGGCCGCUACCACACCUUCACGGGCGACCUGGUGGAUUUCCUCUUCGUGGUGCUCUUCACCGGCGUGCGCAUCGGCAUGGGGGCCUGGCUGAUGUACUGCGAGCUGGCCUCGCCCAGGCCCCGCUGGUACAUCAAGCUGGGCGGGGUCAUCAUGUACGUGGUGUCCUGGGUGUUCAUGGUCAGCAUCUGCCGCUUCGCAUGGAGGAAGAGCAUGAGGAAGUACCAGGCCUGGAGGAGCCGCAGGAGCCACGAGCUGUGCUCCAAGACCAACGGGCACCUCAAAAGCCACUGAGUGGAGCAAAGAGUUCCUGGAGAUGGCGGGCUGGCAAGGAGGGGGAUCGUGCCUGAAAUGCCACUGUUGGGAGAUGAGCCAAUGCACGUUAGCAGUUCUGGAGCCAAAUUUAUCCCUGGCAUAACUGCACUGAAAUCCAUGGAGCUAUGCCACGGAUUCACUGAUGUGCAGUGCUCGGCCUGGCAGAGGCUGGCUCUGGGUACGUGAGCACAGCCUGAACGAUGAGUGAAAGAAGGGCUGAUUUUAUAGAUUAAACGUGGCUAGUCCAGGUGUAAAUAGCGAUGUCUGUAGCCAACUCCUUCAGGAUCUUGGAAGAGAGGAGGAGGUAACACUAGAUCUCCAUGUCCAGUGUCCUGUGCAGUCUAGGCAGCUAGAGUGGCUCUUCAAGCUGGGAGGAAGAAGCGUGUUCUAGUGUUGCAUCCAAGCUGGGAUUCCUGGCUCUUCCACCACCUCGUUGUGUGACCUUGGGCAAGUCACACAACUCUAACUCUGUGCCUAAUUCCCCCUCCGUGACUUGGGGGUGAUGGAGCUGCUCCAUCUGUUAUGCACUUUCAGAUUUUUACUUGAGAGGUGCUAUAUAAAUGCAAAGUGAUGGUUGUUAUCUGCACUUGGUUCAUUACCCCUGUGUUUCCCUUGGGAGAAACGACUUUGGUGGUCAAGCUAGAGUGAGACUCUAGAAAAAUCAGUAUUUUAGACAGUUUGUUGUUCCCUACCCUUUCUAUUUCCUUUUAAUAACUUAUCUAUUAACAUAUUGAUAACUUAUUUUCUGUAGUGUCCAGAAGCUCUAAUCAGCACUGGCACCAUACAGGACUAGGUGCUCUGUGAACACACCCAAAGACAAACAGACCCAGAAGGGAAUUUUUUCCUGAUUUUUCCCUCCUCUGACUGUUAAAACUCCCCUACAAACACUGCUUUUAGCUCCUUGGGUAACCAGCACACUCCAUUUUGAGAAGGCCCAUCAGGAUUUCCCAGUCAGGGGUUUUCUUGCUGAUGAGCCAAGCCCUGAUUUUGUCUGCAGAACACACCAAAAUUCCCUCUGCUGUGCCCCAAAUCCAAAUUGGGAUUUCUGGUUGUCCAGAAUCUGCCCUGUGGAAGCCACAGAGUGACCUUGGCUCUCCUUCAUCUGAACUGAUGCCUUGACCCUUGGGCUUUGAUUUCCCUCUGACUGGGUCUGAAUCACUUUAUAAAAGUGAAUAUUAUGAGGAUCAGAGAGAUUUAUUUUACAGCUUAGUAAUUAAACAAGAGAGAGGCCCAAAAUCUGGUCUUUUUUAAGAAAAAAACCAACCAAACAAACAAAAUAAAAAACAACAAACCAAACCUGACUGGGAGAAAAAUAAGAAUUACUUAGCUGGUCCCAUUUGGAGGGAAAAGCCAUGCCCAGUUGGCAGCUUCUGGAGUUUAUUUCACUGCAUGUUCUUAAGCCAUUCCUUUGUUGUUGCUGUGAUUUUUAGCAUUUCCUUUGAGCGUCCAGUGCAGCUCAGGUGCCCCUUUUUGCUUGAGCCUUGCCUGAUGCAGCCAAAGACCUGAAGAACCCCCCAAAAAACCCCUUUAGAUGAGCAGAACCAGAUGAGCUGGUCCUGGACACUCAUUUUGACUCAUUCAGCACUAUCAAGCCUUGAAAGGAGACUGAAGGGCUGGUUGGGGCUUGCUGGUUCUUUUUUCCCAGCUCUGCUGCUCUGUUGAGCACAUCCAGGAGCCCCUUUUGCCUCAACCUAACCCACUUUGGGAAGUGGGUCCAGUCUUACCUACCUCGUAGGGUGUUUCCAUUGAGCACCAAGCCACCUUUGGUGGAUUCUCGGUGCUUUGUGUCACGCUGUGCUGUAUAAAAGUUGCUUUGAGUGAAGCACUUCCCGCUAAGAGCCAUCAGCAGCGCUUUGUCACCUGAAUGUGGGCACUUCCCAACAUCCCAAAAGCAGGAGUGAGGUGUUUUGUAAAGGUGCUCAAGGGCAGGAGUCACAGGGAAGGGAGCUGGACAUGCACAUGAAGGUCAGCUGCAUCUUCGCAGCGAGCCCCAAGCUGAGGAAAAGGUGUCUGGUGGGAUUUCCCUGGUCAGGAUUGCAGGAAUCUGGAGCCAAAAGAGUCCCAACCACUGAGCAGGGAAUGAGGGCUUGCAGCAGCAGCUCCUGGAGAAGUGGAGGUGAAAACAGGCUGGUCACUCCUGCUGAGCUGCCCAGCACCGAGGGUUUCCAGAGAGCCCUGGUGGUUUGGGCUCUGACCUUUGCUGAGGGUUGGGGUGCAGCUUUAUGGGGUUAGAGCCCUCACCUGCCCAGGUGGAUGAGGAUGGCAGUGACUGGAGUAUCUGUGAAUCGCCUGUUUGAAGAUAUUUUUAAACACAAUGGUUGAAGUUCUCUGAACAGGGGGGAAACUUGGUUGGAAGGAGAGCACUGCUCAGCUCUGAGGCUCUUGAAGGUAAACAAGAAAACAAAAGGGCAAUUAGGAAUGGCUUUAUGAGGCAGAGCAAGGCCUCAUAACCCAUUUAGUGGGCUCCAGCAUAGAAUCACAGACCCAGGAGUACAAAUUCCAAGCUGUGGAGCACAGGGUGGGACCUAUCCUCAGGCUAGUCCAUAGUGGCUAGAGCAAACUGUGAGAGGAAACUGCAGAACUAGUGUGAACUAAUAACUUGUGUCUGAAUUACUGUGUAAUAGCAACUAAUGUUCCACCAGUGAAUGGUGUAGAGGCUUUGUAUUAUGUUUUAUAAAAAUAAAGAUUAUUUAAUUAUAUAAGGAA